AAAAUUAAAAUAGUUAAUUAGCCACGCCUUUUUGUUUGGGGCCACGCCCUUCGUGUGCCUCCAUAUGUGUACAAGAAUAUACAGAGUUUUACAGAAGGAAAAGGUUAAAUGUAUACAUGUACAGUUGUACAUUGAUUUCCUCAAUCCUCAAAUUUUGUAAGAAUCAAAUCAAACAGUAGCAGAGAAAGAUGCCGCAAACUUUUCGUGUUUUGCAAUGUUAUUCCUGCAAAACCUUUCAAGUGCAGCAAGUUAAGAAAUCCAACAAGUGGACGUGUAAGUUGUGCAAUGAGAAGCAAUCUGUUAUAAAGGUCUAUGAUCAAGGCUCUGCUAUUGAUUGCCGCAAGCAAGUUCAAAGACUUAACAUGACAAGAAAAGAGAAAGAUGAUGCAAUAGCUACAUGUGUUCAGCCUCCUGAAGGAUAUUCUGAUGUAUACUCCACAGAAUCUGGUGACGAUUCACCUCAACUAGCUGCAACAGAGAGACAGCGUCCAGCUACUAUCCUUUCAGGCAUGAAUGGACGUUGGGCUUUGUUUGCUGAUCCAAAGGAAUCAGAAUCAGAUCAAGACGAAGGAGAAGAUGAAGGUAGGGACACAUUUACAACAAGUAGAACAGAGUUUGAGCAAAUCUGCAAGAAAUUGAGGAAAGAGAAAAGCUGUGUCAGAUCAGCUCAGCAUCGUUUAACUGGCUUCCAUCCAGUUUCAAAGAGGAAACCUGCAGGAUCAGAUGAUUCUUUAAAGUCCUCCAGCACUCAUUCUCUACCAGCUAGCUUAUAUCAAAAGUCAGAUUCUCUAUUUCCUUAUUCAUCAGUUGGAGAUGCCAUGGACACUAUGCUUACUGAGUCAGUAGAGAGGACAUCAUCACUAAAGUGUCUUCACAGUGAUGAUUACCAGUACAGUGGUGUUCAGGGAUCAUAUCGUAGAUUUGAAGAGGAAAAAGAUAAGGCUGCAGAAAAGCCAGUUAGUGUUGCUAGUAGUGGAGCAAGAAGCAGUCAUUCAAAGGAUUCGUUAAAACUUUCAAAAUGGUCAAAAUUCUUACCACAAAAUAUUGAAGAGGGAGACUUGAAUAAUUAGAUCUAAGCAUGUAAUCUAAGACCUCUGUGUAUUAAAAAUUUAUAAAUAUUCAUUAAUCAUUAUUGCUAAUU